CAGAAAACGCGUAAACAAACAUAUAAAAAUGAAACAGAAAAUCCUACAGUUGGAAGAAAACAAUAAAGAAAAAUGAAAAAGAUACAAAUCUGAUUCGAAUUGUGAUUUUGCUUUCUUUUCUUUAAUGAACAAGUUUCGUUGACCAGAACACGAUCUACUUCUCCUUUCGAGACAAUUUUAAUUACCACCAAAUUGCUCGUCGUCUUAUUAUCAGUAGAUACCUACAUAUAUAUAUAUAUAUAUAUAGAAUAUAAAUUUACUACUUGAAUACAGUGUGCUUCCUACAGCUAAAAGAUAUUUUCUCAAAUGGAUACUAAAAUUUAGUAAACGAACGAGAAAAAAAUUCAUAUUUUGGGGAGUUUACAUUUUUUUAUAUCAUUUUGAUCAAUAUUUUUUUUGUUUAAAAAGCUUUUUAACAAGGAGAGAUUUAAAAAAAAAAAAAAAAAAAUUCUUUUCCUCUAUUGUUUACAAACAAAUCAUCCAAGGUAUAGUGAUUCCCAGCGUCUUUCUCGUCAUAUGCAUAACUUCUGGUCCUUUGCUGUUUAAAAUUGGUUACUUACUUUGUAUAUAUAAAACUCUUUUUUCUGGUUUUUAUUUUUUCUAUUUAUCUUUCUUUUUGUUGGGAAUAUAGAGAACUCAUUUUUUCUGUUCUAUGAGCCUGUUUUAUUCUUGAAAAACGUUGGCAGUAGAGUUAGUGAAUGACCUUGAGGUUUCAUUUUUGUCGUCAAAUAACUAAUCGGUAUUUUUAUCAAACUGCUUUUUCGUAUAAUAAACAAUUUUCAAGGAACCAAAGAUUCUUGAGCAUGACUACAAAGGCAAAUUCUAUAACGCUUAAUAAAAGUGAACAACAGCUUACAGAUCUCUUUUUAGAAGUGUCAAAUACCAUAGGACAAGGAUCAGAACAGCAACCAGAACUUCGGUUUGCAGGGGGGUGGGUGCGCGAUAAGCUUCUUGGAAUUGAAAGCCAUGACAUUGACGUAGCAGUGGAUUGUAUGCCAGGAUAUGAUUUUGCUAAGCACUUACAAGCAUAUAUGCAAAGCAAUCAUCCGGAAUAUAAAACUCGGAUCGUCAAAAUUGAUGCCAAUCCGGAAAAGUCGAAGCAUCUGGAGACCGCGACCGCCAAGAUUCUCGGCAAGGACAUUGACUUUGUAAAUUUACGACCUCAUACCUUCUCUAAUUCACAUUUACACUUGGAUAACUCGAUAUUCGGAACACCACUGGAAGAUGCGUUACGACGUGAUGCUACAAUAAAUGCAUUAUUUUACAACUUACGUACGAAACAAGUGGAAGAUUACACUGAAAAUGGUUUAUCGGAUUUGGAAAGCAAGGUUAUACGUACACCACUCCCUGCUGAUGAGACUUUUUCUGAUGAUCCUUUGAGAGCCGUUCGCUGUAUCCGGUUCGCUUCAAAGUUCAAUUUUGAAAUUCAUCCAGACACCUUUUCCGCUUUAAAAAAUCAUAUCUUACAUGAUCGACUACGUUCCAGUAUUAGUCGUGAACGUAUUGGUGUGGAAAUCGAUAAAAUACUAUCCCAUUGUGAUACAAGUCGUGCAUUCCGUAUCAUUCAUAACUCCGGUUUGUUCGCUCCUAUAUUUGGACCACUUUUAGGACACUAUGAUAAUAUUGUUUCAAAAAAUUUGGACUCUCUCAGCCUUAUACCAAAAGCCAUUGACCUAUUUGACCAUUUGUGUAAUGAGGUACCUUCCUUUAAAAAUCUUUCGAAUUCAGCAAAAUACAUUUUUUGGGUUGCUGUGGCCGUGCUUCCUUGGCAUAACUGGACAUAUGUUGAGAAAUCAAAGGAAAGGUCAUUAGUUCCUAUUCUCGUGAGGGACAGUCUCAAGUACAGCAAACCUGUCAUAACACAAAUAGAAGGUUUAUAUACAUAUUAUCCUGUCGUCAUGCAAAGAGUAAACGCCUUGUCCUCCAAAGUUGAGUUAUCUAGAUUGGAAUAUGGUAAACUUGUACGUGAAUUAGGACAAUACUGGAAAGAUAUCGUCAAUUGGGCCUUUUUUAUGAAUUUGCUCAAAAAAGGCUCUUUUACUGAAGAAGUAGACCAAAAAGUCGAGAAGCUUCUUCCUUACUUUACUUCUCUCAUCAAAAAUAUUGAGAAUUAUGACUUGGCUGAAGCUUACAGCAUGCAGCCUGUUUUAAACGGAAAAGAACUAAGUUCACUAUUAAAUAUCAAGCCCGGUCCCCACUUAAAAGAAAUGCUGGAAGAGUCUACGGAAUGGAAGCUGGAAUUUCCUGACAGAAAAAAAGAAGAUUAUAUAAAGUUCGUAACGGAUAAGUAUAAAAAGGACGAGAAAUAAAAAUUAUCACAACACGUCAUAUCAUUAACAAAAGUUCAUUAAAGCAUUUCGGCUAUGGUUAAGCUGCUUUAUAGUCAGCAAUCCAG